AUGAAGGGCAAUGGAGGUUCAUCAAGUUCACUAUCAUCUUUCAUCAUGACAACAUAUAAAAUGGUGGAUCGUCCUUCAACGGAUUCAAUAAUCUCAUGGAGCCAGAGCGGCAAGAGUUUCAUCAUUUGGAAUCCGGAAGAGUUUUACGGAGAUCUCCUUGGAAGAUUUUACAAGACCAACGAUGUAGAUUUAUUCUUCUAUAAACUCAAGACACAUGGUUUUAGAAAAAUCGACUCUGGGAAAUGGGAAUUCGCACAUGAUAAUUUUGUGCGAGGUCAACCUCGCCUCAUGGAGAACAUUUUAAGGUGCAUGAAAGAGAUGAGGGAUCAGGCAUAUCAAAUGUGCGUUAUGACAAAGGCGCAACGUUUAUUUAGGCUGGAAGUAGAAGAAGUAGAGUAUCAAUGGCUAGAACAUAGAGGCGCUAAAGUUGUAGGGAUAGAUGAACAUGACAUAAGUUUAGAAUUCUCACCAUUUUUGUUCGCCACCAAAGCAUAUGAGAUUGUGGAUGAUCCUUCAUCGGACGCAAUUAUCUCGUGGAGCAAGAGCGGCAAGAGUUUCAUCAUUUGGAAUCCGCAAGAGUUUUACAGAGAUUUUCUUCUCAAAUUAUUCAAGUGUAGUGACCAUAUAAGUAUACUCUUCGACCUACUUGAGAGAUGUGGCUUUAAAAAAAUUGACGCAGAGAAAUGGGAAUUCGCAAAUGACAGUUUUGUCCAGGGUCAACCUCACCUUGUUGAAAACAUUAAAAGGGAUACUUGGGUAAAUGUAGAUCAAAUAUCAAAAGAUUCGGAAAGGCAAGCGGAAAUGAUGGACGCGAAAGUUUUAUUUAAGCUGCAAGUAAAGGAUGAAGCUAGGUUUGAAGGGAUGAGUUUGGAUCACAUUCAAUCUUCUUUCCUCACCACAACAUAUAACAUGGUUGAUGAUCCUUCAUUGGAUUCAAUGAUUUCCUGGAGCCAGAAUAAUAAUAGUUUCAUCAUUUGGAACAUGUCCGAGUUUUACAGAUACUUGCUUCGUCAGAGACUCGUCGCGUCAAAAAGUUGCUUCGUCUCUCGACUUGAGUUUUAUGGUUUCAAGAAAAUCGACCCCGAGAGAUGGGAAUUCGCAAAUGAGAAUUUUGUACGAGAUCAACCUCACCUUAUGGUGAAUAUUGGACGGUAUAUUACAGAGAAGAAGGAUAAGCUGUAUAAGAGAAUUGAUAUGAGAAAGAAAAUGAGAGACGAGGCGAAAAAGAAAUUGAGGGACGAGGCGAAAAAGAAAAUGAAGGAGGCGACGCAAGUAAAGGAACUUGAGGUUCGACGACUAGAACAUUUUGAACGCUGCAGAUUAUGA